CUAUAAUUGUUUGCUAAAAGUUUUGCAAAUUGUGAAUAAAAUGUCCAAAAAUAAUAAUGAUUUGUUUGUGAGAACUCCACUCAUCGAGAGCUUAGAAUUGAGUCAAUGUUGUAAUAAUAAAGUGUACCUAAAGUUAGAGUCGUGUCAGCCGUCGGCCAGUUUUAAAAUGCGAGGCGUUGGGCGUCUUUGCCAACAGGGCGCACUCGAAGGACGCGAUCAAAUCAUAUCGUCUUCGGGAGGGAACGCAGGUCUGGCCACUGCCUGCGCCGCCCGUAUGUUAGGCCUCGAGUGUCGCGUAUUUGUGCCAAAAACUACUUCAAGUGUUACGCGAGAGAAGAUCGCCAGAGAGGGGGCGGAAGUGGUCAUCGCCGGUGAGGUGUGGAAUGAAGCCAAUGAUAUGGCCCUAAAGGCUGUCCAACAAUCACCGAAUUGUCUUUAUGUCCAUCCCUUUGAUAAUCCCAUCCUAUGGUCGGGUCACUCAACAAUGAUUGACGAAAUCGCAGAGGACUUGGAUGUGAAGCCAUCGAUGAUUGUCACGUGUUGUGGCGGAGGAGGUCUUCUCUGUGGCAUUAUUGAGGGUAUGAGACGUCACGGCUGGACAUCAGUGCCGGUGCUGGCGAUGGAGACUAUAGGAGCCGACUCUUUGAACGCAGCCGUAGUCGCAGCCAAUGGAGAGACUGUCCGUCCCGUCAGAAUCCCCGCCAUUACAAGUAUAGCUAAAUCUUUGGGUUCACUCAUUAUCUGCGAUCAAUUGGCCGCCGAUUGUACGACAGCUGCGCCGCCCGUACUCUCCCAUCUCUGCACUGAUAGCGAUGCGGUCGACGCGUGUAUUAGGUUUGCCGAUCAGCACAGGAUUCUCGUCGAAUUGGCUUGUGGCGCCUCUUUGUCCGCAUUAUAUACCGGAUUAGUUAAGAGACUAUUCCUCGAGAAUAGUGACCAAUACUCUGAUGGACCGGUAGUUGUGAUCAUAUGUGGCGGCGCUUCGGUUACUAUCGAUAUGCUUAAUGAAUGGAAAACUCAAUUCAAUUUAUAA